AAAUAUUUUGUUGCUUAUAAUUUAUGAGUUUAGAAAAUCCAAAUAACAAUAAAUAAUAAAUCUUAAUAAUUUUUUUUUUUUUAUUCUAUGCUAAGUACCAAAAUAGCAUCAACAUUAUUUAUUUAUCUUAUAUUCUUCCUUAACGCAAUGAACUCAUCUCACCUUCUUUUUUGCUGCUCUUAGCUCCAUAUUUGAGUAAAAGAGCAUGAAGAGCAGACAUACUCACACAUACAAUCACAACAUUCCAGUUGGAAAUUUAUUGUUCGGAUUAGACGAAUAACUGGAAGUAAUUUUUAUUGUCUCAUACAUUUUCAUCAUCACAUAGCAGUAGUUUACGAGAAAUCGUUCGGCAUACAACACGCGUUGCAUGUAAAAGUAAAGUAAAUUUGUGUGAUGUUUACGGUCAUAUUUAUUUUUUUUCGACAAGCAAAAUAGCAACAAAAAAAAAAUAAAAAAUAUUUUUCUGUAGUCUAAUUUCCGCUUCCGGUUUAUGAAAAAAAAAAUAUAAAUAAACAAAAAAGGAUAUUCUGCUUGAUUAAUUUGUUCAACUGGAUUAAUGUGAAGUGUAUCAAAAAAAAUAUAUUUUUUUGUGUAGCGAGCGAGAAAGAGAAGCUCAAAGAAAGAGAGAAAGAAGCUGUUCUUAAAUGAAAUAUUUAAUAUGUGUGUUGAUUAUUAUGUAAAAAAAGCAGAGCAAAAAAAAAUAUAAAUUAUUAAAUUUGAUGUGAUUAAUUAAGGCGAAAAAGAAAGGCAGUGAGACAAAAGCAGACACGUCAUUUAAUAAGGUCAAUCAAUUGUCAUCCAAAAAUAAAUAUAAAUAGGAAUUAAAUGAUGAUAAAUGAACCGAUAAGAUUGUGAAUUGAAUUUUAUUAUAAUAUAAAGAAAAUCUGUGAUUGUGUGUAGUUAAAAAACUUUAAAAAUUUUAUGAAUUGUAGUGAAUAAUAAAAGAAAUUCGGCGACCAACAAAAAAUAAUAGAAUCAUAAAAAAAAACUUUAGAAAGAGUGUAAUAAACCGUGAGAUGAAUUCAUGAAUUUUUAGCAUUGCAAAAACAACAAAUUUAAAUUUCAUGAAAAAACAAGUCGAAACGCAACAGCGAAAAUAAAGAGGAUUACCAACAAAGUCGUAAAAACUUUUCUCUGUGCAGUUUUUUCAGCAGAAUUUUAAUUUUUUUUUUCUGUGUAUACAAGCAAGAAUAAGGAACAACAAGGAAAAAGCCGAAAAAAAGAGGUAUGUAGCUGAAGGCGCUUUUAUUUCAUCCAUCUAUCCAUCCAUCAUACACUCGCACACAGUGUGGAGAACAGCAAAAAGAGGAGAAGAAAGAAGUCAUCGUCCUGUAUAUUCUAUGAAUCAUUAAAUAAUAAGAGUUAUAGAAUAGACAAGAACCAAACAACAAAGAUCAUUUGGAGAAGUCAAAGCUAUCUAACGCAUGUCCGACAUUUUGAUAAAUGCUUUCCGUCAUCUAAAGUAAUUUUCUUGUUACACUAAUUGUGCGCUGCUUAUAUCUACAUUCAUUGAGGGACAAAAAGAGCUGUCUAACAGACAACAACAACAAAAAAAAGUGUGUUAUGUCCUUUGAGGCAUACACAAGUUGAAGAAGAAACGCAAAAAAAAAGUGAAGAGUUAAUUACAAUUGCUAGUUCCAUUAUCUCCCCCCAUAAGCAAAUAUAUGUAAAGUAAUUUUAUUUUACAACACACAAAACGAGUCCAUGAGAACUGACAUUUUGUAUAUUGUAUACAUAGAGUCGAGAGAUAGAUAUCAAGUAAACAGCAAGUUACAUCACGCAAUAGAAGUGAGACUAUAAAUGAUAUGAUAAUUAUAGACAAUUACAUCGAAACGGCAUUAUGAAGAAAAGUAUAUUGGUAUUUCUUGCGCUACUACUUGGCGCCAUUACAGCCAACGAUUCCGCAAAUGAUUGGGAAUCAAAAUGUAAUAAAUGUCGAUGUCAUUGGAAGUCAUCGAAAAAAACGGCAGAUUGCCGUGAUACGGGACAAGUGAAUAUACCGAUUGACUUACACACAGACAUUCAGUCACUGGAUCUCUCAAAUAAUCGAAUUGCUGAAAUACGAAAGAAUGAAUUGUUGAAUAAUAAUUUAAAUAAUUUACAUAGAUUAAUAAUAGCAAAUGCAACAUUAGAAUUAGUCGAUGUUGAGGCAUUUGCUGAACUGUCGAUUCUCAUUGAAUUAGAUCUCUCGAAUAAUGACAUAAGAGUCAUUCAUGCUGGCACUUUUCAUCCAUUAAUUAAGAUAAGAAAAAUUUUAUUACAUGAUAAUCAAAUUACAUCCAUAGCUGAUCGUACAUUUGAAAAUUUAAUGCAUUUAAGUCAUGUGGAAUUAAAUAAUAAUAAAAUUCGUACGAUUGGCGAUCAAACAUUCAUAAAUGUGCCACUCAAAACAAUUAAAUUGGGUAACAAUCGUCUAGAGAAAUUAAAUGUCGCGACAUUCACACAUUUGCUGCAUUUAAGUGAAUUAACGCUCGAUGGAAACAUGUGGAAUUGUACAUGUCAGUUGAAAGAAUUUCGAAAUUUUGUCAUUGAUAAAAAAUUGACAAUGGAGACAAAGUGCCACUAUCCCGAUGGAUUAAGAGGUAAAUUAUGGACGGAUGUUGAUGAGGAAGAAUUUGCCUGUCGUCCACGUAUUGUGCCUCGUGGUCCAUCACAACUGCGAGCGAGUAAAGAGAAUGAAACCAUUAAGUGCCAUGUGAGCGGAUCGCCACGUCCAAAUAUUGAAUGGAUAUUCAAUCGUAGAGUAUUGAGAGAAAAUGAUCGACAUAAGAUUCAUACAUACGAGCCAAUAGGUUCACAACGUUCUGAUAUAUUACGUCUUGUAAAUUCUGAAUUAACAAUUGUUGGUCUACGAACUGGCGAUGCUGGCAAAUACACUUGUCGUGCUACAAAUCGUGGCGGUGAUGAUGAGUAUGAGUUCAUGCUGGAAAUACCAGCAGAUUAUACAAAAGGUGGUGCUUUUGUGCCCGCAUCAUCAAAUACAUUCUUUAUGAUUUUAUGCAUUAUUGUUGGUGUCCUAUUCAUCAUACUCUUUACAAUUGUCAUACUUUGCUGCUAUUGUCGCCGCACGACAAAGUAUCACCAAAAGAAUCCGUCAUCUGAUAAUACACUACUCAUGACACAAACGAAUGGUCCAACAACAAAACUUAAUGGUAAAACACAAAAUGAUUCGAUGCUUGAUGGUGGCUCAGUGAUAAUGGAAAUGCAAAAGAGCCUCCUGACUGAGGUGAAUCCGGUUGAAAAGCCACCUCGUAGGACUGAUGUUGACACUAUUGAAAAGGAUGCUGAUGAUAUCAGUGAGAUGAAACAGACCUUGCUGAAUGAAACUAUAUUCAGUCAAAUCGACGAUGAAACACGAUCCAUUCAACUGUCAGAUUCAACAGCGCCGCGUUCUCGACAAGCAUAUUUCGAUGAUGGAAUAACCGGUGGUGCAUUACCGCCAGAUUUAUUAGCCUUCCCGCGCUUCCCACAAUCACCAUCGUUACAGAGCUCAAUAUCAAAUAUCCAUGAUGUACGUAUCUAUGGUAGAUCGCCUUUAACGUCACCUGUUUAUGGUGAGACAACAAUGCCAUCGAGUGGCUUUAGAACGCUGCAACAUCCAAAGACUGGACGAACAAUGGCACUAGCAACAGCACGUUCAAAUUCACCAUUCAUACCAGCACCAAUAAUAUAUCCAGCAAUUUUAAAGCAAGGAUAUGUGACAAUUCCACGUAAGCCACGUACUGGUAGUUGGGCACCGGCUGUAGUUAGUGAAAUGUCAUCUCCAACAUCUCCAACAAACUCAAUUGAGAUUGUCGAGCCUGUUUAUGAUAACCUUGGUUUACGCACAACAGCCACUGGCAGCUCAUUAUUAAAUCUUAAUAAACUUUCAUCGAGUAAAACCUUAAGUCCUGGUGCUAAUCUUAAAUACACAAUGAAGGAUCGUCCAUUGCCAGCAACGCCAAACGGUGAGCAACUUAAUGGAUCAAUUCGUGAGCCUUUAUAUAGUAGUACACCAAGUGAACGUAAAGUACCGCCACGUCCACCUCCGAAACCGAAAAAAAGUUUUGUAGAAACUGUAGCGACAACAAAUCCGCAACGAAUCACCACAAACGGUCACUUUGAGGACGAAUGUGAAGAUGGAACAGAAGUAUAGCCAAUGUGUAAAGUUGUGUUUGUAUAGCAUGCAAGGCAUCAUCAUCAUCAUCAUCAUCACAAUGACCACAAUGCAAUCACAACUAAAAUAAUCAUUACAAUUGAGGUAAGGAGAAAAUUAGCUAAUGGAAUUCAAUUUCAUUAUGAUGGAUUAAGCUACGGACACAACUGUUACAUUAUUUAAAUUAGACGAUUUAAUUAAAAUUGAGGGAAAUUAUUUUAUUUUUCUUCGGAUGGAUGAAAAAGUUUUUUAAUUUGAUGAAGAAUUUUUUUUGAUAAUUUGAAGUUCAGAUGGAUUCGACUCAAUUGAGAGACAUGCUAGAAAAGUUGGGUAUGGGGCACAAAAAUUUAUCAUAAAUUUAAAAAAAGUUUUUCAUUCAUUUUGAGAAUAAAUUUAAAGUAGGGACACUCUUUAUUAUAAUCUCUGACUGAAUUCCUGAGAUGAAUGUCUUUUUUUAAAUAUUGAGGGGGUCGUUCAAAAAUGACGGUAAUUGAUAAAUUUAAUUUUGAGACUAAACCUAUUAACUUUGAAAAUUAGGGGACGACAUCUACUCGGGUUAGUUUUUUGGAUUUGUGCCAGGUUUUUGCAAAUAUGAAAUUACACCCCUAAACCUAUACCAACCCUUAACCUAUACCUACCCUAAACUUUUACUUCCCCUGAACCUUUACCUAUCCUAAACAUAAAUCUACCCUAGACUUCAACCUACCCUAAACCUAUACCUAAUCAAGACCUAAACCAAUCCUAAACCUGUAUCUACCCUAAACCUGUUCCUACCCUAAACUUAUACCAACCCUAAAGCUAUACCAACUCUAAACUUAUACCAACCCUAAAGCUAUACCAACCCUAAACUUAUACCAACCCUAAACCCAUACCUACCUUAAACCUUAAACUUGUACAUACCAUAAACCUAAAACUACCCUAAACCUAUACCAACCCUAAACUUGUACCUACCCUAAACCUAUUUCUAUCCUUAGAGUAUAUUACUAGGAAUUAGGUGUAUUUAUCAAGCGUUAUUUAUUUAUUACCAAUUGACGUCAUUUUUGAACAACCCCCAAAAACAAGAGUGUUCCGGCUUUUGUUAAUAAAAUUCUAAUUUUCUUAUAUUUGCCUUAAUCUCCUUUGAUGGACAAAUUUGUUUCUUUUUAUUUGUAUGUUAAGUGGAAGUGAGUGUGAACUAGCAUUUUAAUUCAUUCAUUCAAUUUCAUUCAUACACGCUCACAAAAAAGUAGAUAGAUGAACAAAAAAAAAUAUAGUUUUUUAAAAUGAAAAGAAUCUUCUACUGUGUAGUUUUUUAAUUCAGUUUCAUGAGUGAUGAGAAUGAUAAGAGUGAAUGAAUAGGAGAAUAUAAUUAUGAUGAUGAUGAUGAUGAUGAUGAUAAAAAUUUCUGUGCCAAUAGACUGAAAUGGAAAUAAAAUUAAAAGAAAAAAAGGAAUGAAAAAAUAAUGAGAUGGAUGUGUGUGAUUUGCAGGAAAUAGAAGAAAUGAAUGUGAUGCUCCAAAUUAUAUCAAGGAAGGCAAAAUCUGCUGAAUUCGGGUCUUGAAGGAUUUAUGUCAAAGUGCUCUUUUGUGUCCUUUGGAUACGACUUGAAAAUCUGAAUUGAUUGCUAGAAUCUUACUUUAACUUGGAACUUGGAAGUUAGAGUUUGGCUGUUCCAAGUGGUUGGUUAAUAUCUUUUUCUGACUUAAGAACCAAAAGCGUAGCCAAAAAAUGUUUAGGUCGAGGUAAGGAGUCAAAAACCUCAACUUUAUGGAAGACUUUAUAUAUUUGCUUCUAAACCUUCCCUAACUUGUUCUGUCGAUACAAAAAAUUACAAAUUCUCUUGGUCCUUUUCUAGUGUGGACCUAAAGAGCAACAUCUGAGAUAUUAUUCGUACCCUUGCAUCCCUUCUAAUUGUGCUUUAGUUGAUAAAAGCAUCUAAUAGUAUUGAAUACCAAGACUAAGUCUCCAUACAAACUGCUCAAGCUUGCUUUAUCCGAUUAUCUUCAAAAACAUUGCUCUCAGAAAGAAAAACGGAAAGAAUUCCCGACAAUUGAAGUGAAAAGAGGCACAUACACAAAAAAAAACUUCAACAUUUUAAUUAAAUUUCAAAUUCAAUGCCGCUUUUCUAAAUGACUUUCACAUUCUGUGCAUGUAUAUGUUUGUAAAAGAAAUUUAAAAAUUUUUAUUCUAUUUGGAUAUUCUCAUUUUCUAAUUUAAGUAUGCAAACAAUUUUUUUUUUCGUCGUAUAUAUUUUCAUAAUGGCUUAAAGGAUUUGAGCAGACAUUUUAUUUCAUAUGCUGAGUAAUAAAAUACAACUUUUUAUAUGUUUUUUGUUCGUUCAAAGAAUGAAUUCACGCAAUGUUCUCAUAAAUUUGUUUGUUUAAGGGUUUGUUCAAGGCAAGGAGGUCAAUCAACUAAGACAACCACUCCUCACUACAUCCCUGGAUAUUACACAAAAGCUUUAUUCGUUUACAUUCAUUUAAAAAUAUUUAUUUUUAUUAUUUUCUGUGAAAGUAAUGAAAAAAUAAAAAUAAAUUUUAAAACAAAAUUUUUCAUUCAUGUAAAUUGAAUUUUUGAAGCUCAAUGUGACUUGUUUUCCUUUUUGUUUACAUUUCAAUGGGUGAAAAAAAUACCUUUUAUGAUUUAUUUGAUUUGAGUAUUUUCGACUAUGUGACGAAAUUUGAUGAAUUAAAAACUCGUGGAUAAUAAAAGCUUGAUUGGUCAGAAAAUAUGCUUUUGGAAAAUUUCAUGUGAAAUAUUGGGAUCAUUCACUUAUGACGUCCGAAAAUAACGGUCAUUUUUCAAAAGAGAACAAUGGAUUUCCAGGAAUUUCUAUUGUUCUUUUCUUGUUGACCCCCCCCCCCCUUGAUGUCAUAAGUGAACGGCCCCAUUUGAAAAAUCAACAUUUUUGAAUGUUGAACAAAAAUUCAUCAAGCUGCAUAGUUCUUUUGAAUUUUCACUCAUUUCAAUCAAUUCUUCAAGUUUUAAACACAAAUUUGUGCAAACGAAUGAAAAGUGUUUUUAAUAAAGCUUUACAAUUCUCAGAGCAUCCGAUAAUUUUUGUUUUCAUAAAGCUUUUGAUUCCGAUAUUAUUGAUUUAAACAAAAAUAAAAUUAUAAUUAAAUUUGUCUUUGUGGCGCUGUAGACUAGCACUUCAGUACUUGAAUAUUGCAAUAUUUGACCCAGCAAUCCUAGGUUCAAAUCUCAAGGCUGAGCCUUUCAAGCAUUAUAAUAUAUAAAGUGCCCUUGAGCUUUGCUUAUCUACAAGCCAGUUAUCAAACAUUCAAAAUAAUCAACAAUGUAAAUUCAUUUCCUUCAAAAACUUAUUGUAACUCAGUAAUAAAAUACAACAAGGAUCUCCUUAAAAGUUAACAGAACAAGCUACAUUAACGCUUCAAAACAUUUCAAAACAAUUUUAGCAAAUCAAAUUUUCUAAAACAAAACAAAAAAUUCCAGAGCAAUCUCCAAAACCAGAACAAACUCAAUUUUGGUAUUCAUUUCUCUAAACGGACAAUAGAAAAAGUUUUACUACAUUUUCAUAGAGCAAGCUAGCUAAAUAUUCGACUAUGUGUACAUUAACACAUCACAGACAAUAAUAAAAGCUCAUAGGACAGAAAUGUCACUUGAUGAUGUGAGCUCAAAAGCAUUUUUAAAACUUUUAUGUGAUUUUAAUUAAAAUCUCUACAUUCAUAUCUUCUUUAUUCCUGCAUGUGUGCUAUUGUGUGAAAUGAAAAUGAGAUUCUCAUUUGAAUUCUUUAUAUUAUUUUUUUUAUACAUAUAAUAUUGUGUUUUGUCAUCAUUGUAAAUAUGUGAAAAGAUAUAAAAAAAAUAAAAAUAAAAAUAAAAUUAGUUAUACAUACGUGUAUAUGUACAUUUAGAAGAGGGAACUAAAUGAAAAAGUUUAAUAGGAGAAAAAAAAAUUGCUAAAUUUAAAUAAAUGAAAUGUUAUCCCUUUUCUGAUAAUAGAAAUUUAACUAUAAUAAUAAUAUACAUUCAUAAGAUGAUAAAAUAAAAAUAUAAAUUAAUUUAAAAAAAUGAAAAAACUUUUUUUUCCUUUUUUUAUGUUUGCCUCAAAUUCAUCACAGUGGAAAAUAUCAUUUUUUUCUGUUAAUUUAAUGCAAAAGUUUUGUUAAUUAUUAUUAUUAUUUUAUCAUACAUUUAUUAUCAUACAAAUUUGAUGAGAUAAAUUAAUUAAUGGAUUAAUGAUGUUGUAGCUUUAUGCUCUGCAGUAAAAAUUAGAGUUUGUUUGGGGAAAAUUCACAUAAAAAAACUUUCGUUCUCGUAAAAUCAUAACAACAUUUUUGGAAGUAAACUGCUGUAUGGAUUGGCGAUGAACUUUUGAAACUUAAUUAUGAUGAUUAGUAAAAGGUUUAUUGUGGGCUAAAGUGGCUUGGUGGUGGAAUGGAUUAGUGGUUUGGUGUUAAAAAUCGACAUAGCUAGCUAGCAUGGGUUCGAGACUUGCCAUGAGCAAUAUUUUAAACUGUCACUUUUUCAAAUGUUAUGUUUCAAACUAGCUUGAUGUGAAAUUUAAAAGCAGAAUUGACAUCAAAAAUUGAAAUAAAUUUUAUUUUAAUGCUUGUUUCAAAAGAGAAGUAAAAGAAGCUCAUAAAUUUUCAAUACACUGAUUUCUCGAACCAACCACUCCCCUCCUCAAUUAUGAGCUAUAAGUUUUAGUAAUGAUUAUUAAUUGAUGAUUGCAUUUAGAUGCAAUAUUUCCGCCCAACAUGAUUCAUAAUUAUUUAAAUAUCCUUCAACUUCAUAAAUAUCUUUCAACAAAGACAUUUACUUAUUGUUUCUCAAGAAAAAGUCGUCAUGCUAUAAGUAAAUGAUGAUAAAAGUCUACCCACAAUUAACAAGUAAAACAGCGUAUUGACGUCAAAACAGAAUUAUGUAAAUUACUCUAGAAUUUAUAAAAAAAAAAGCUUCGAAUCGACAUUGUUCAAGUCAAAAUCUAUUUGCCUCAAGUUUACAUCAAACUCUGGCUCUUAUAAUAUAAUAAUAAUGUGUGAAGGGCCCAGCCUUUCAGCUGGAGGCACUGCGACUCAAAUAACUCUGGCUCUUACUUUUACCAAAGGUUGAAGCGUUAGCAUUAGAGAAACAGCAACUUGUUGUAUAGAUAAAGAAUCUUGAAAGAAACUGGAUCUCCUGGUUCGCAAAGGGCUGUUUAAUUAUAAUGUAACGUUUUUAAGGAUCAGAGGGUUUUUAAGAUUUUGUGACAGUUUAAACAAAGGAAAUUUAAUUUCUAUAUAAAGUUUGAUGAAAGGUUGGAAGGAGGGGGGAGGGGCGAAGUGGGUAGGGGUAAAGAGGGCGAAGGGGGGUAGGGAGAAGGAGGUAAGGGAGGUUUGAAAAUCCACGAGUUACGUCAAUGUUGUCUAAACUGUGUAACGUAGAAUUUUUUUGAAAAUACCUGGCUUAUCAUCAAGGUUUACCGUGGCUCAAAAUCGUAGUAAGAAGCUUUUCUUUGAGAGAAUAGCGGGGGUGGUUUUGACAUUGAUGAUCCUAAUAUUAUCAUAUCUAUACUAUGAUUUCCACAAAAAACCAGUUUCAGAAAAGUUACAACUUCCAGAUUAUUUAAGAUACAUAAAGCUACCCUAAACGAUCCUCAUUCAGCACUUCAUCAUUAGUCCAUUAAAUCUUACUUGUAGAAUUUCGUUCAGUAUAAACAAUAGCAUUACAUAAACUAUGUACAACAUACACACAAAACAUAAAUGUACAGAUUCUCAACAAAAAAAAAUGUACGAUCCAUAGUUUUAAGGAGCAUAAGAUCGAAAUAUUUAGUUUUGCUAACAUUUAACAUGGCAAUAAGGGAUAAAAAAAUCUCAAUUGUAGAUGAAAAAAAAUUUAAAUGGCCAAAAUAAUUUAAUUUUUUUAUUUUAAAUGAGUUUUUUUUUCAUAUGCAGCUAGCGACAUCAACAAAAUGAUGAUUUUUUUAUAUACGGAAUAAUGUAUCUCAUCUGCAAAAAUUUUCUGCAUACAUAAUUCUCUUAUUUUUUUUGUGCUCGUGACACAUUUAAUAACAUUCACAUACACAUUAAUUAUUUUAUUUUAUAAUUAUUUUUAAGUAAUACUUUUUAUACAAUACAAUAUUAUAUUAUACAGAGUACAGACAAGAAAUAUUUCAUUUCUGUUUCAUGCUAAAAAGUUUAUAUUUAAAAAAACCCUUUUGUGUAUUUUAAGAGCCUUAA